AUGGCUUAAAACUCAGUACUCGUUGAGAGUAAUAGUUCUCCUUUUAGAAGGCCAGGUGCCUUGUGUGUCAGCUGUUCAAGCAAAAAGGAGUUGAAAGCAGCCAUGUAUAGAGCCUUUCGAAAGAAGUAUUAGUUUAUUAUUGAUCUUAAAAACGUGUAAGAAGAGCAAAAUAAAAUCAAAGUGAGGGAGGAGGACUAAGAAAGCUCAGAUAGCUUUCGAUCUAUAGACUUUAAAGAAAGAAAUAAACAAAAACUAGCUAUAAGUUUAAUGGGGAAUAAAUACAGGUAUAAGAGUAAAGUUGAAGGGAUAAAUGAUUUGUACAGCUCUAAGGAUUUUGUAAAUAUAAAUUAGUCAGCGAUUACUAUUUUACCUGAAAUUGAUUAGAAGUUUAAGAGAGAAUUCAAUGAUUAUGACUCAGCAAUAAAGGACAUUAAGAAUUGUGGGAAGUAUAAUGGUAAGAAGCUAAGAGCUGCCUAAGCUGAAAAUAUAAUGAUUAGAAAGCGCAAUCAUGAGUUUUUCUAAGAGUUAAACACUAUGUCUCUCGGACUUAUAAAGAAGAAAUUCGAUUAUUCGAGAGCAAUUAAGAGAAAUUAUAAGAAUAAUAGUUAAGCCUAAUAAGUUUGA